AGAAGGUCACAUGAGGUGCUCCUUCUGAUCUUUGACGUGCCGCGUGUCCGACCUAAACAGAGGCAGCAGUGAAAGGUGCACUAUGGGCCGCCUCGACGGGAAAGUGAUUGUGUUGUCUGCUGCUGCGCAGGGGAUUGGACGUGCUGCAGCAAUAGCAUUUGCAAAGGAGGGAGCUCAAGUCACAGCAACAGACAUUAAUGGAGAGAAGCUGAAAGAGCUGGAUGGCAUUCCAGGGAUCAAGACUAAGGUCGUGGAUGUAACUAAGAAGGACCAAGUCGAAGCCCUAGCCAAGGAACACGACCAUAUAGAUGUCCUGUGCAACAUUGCUGGGUUUGUGCACCAUGGUUCCAUCUUGGAGUGUGAAGAGGCCGACUGGGACUUCACAAUGAAUGUGAACGUGCGCAGCAUGUACCUCAUGUCCAAGGCUUUCCUACCUAAGAUGUUGGCAAAGAAGUCAGGAAACAUUAUUAACAUGGCAUCUGUUGCAUCAAGCAUAAAAGGUGUUGUGAACCGGUGUGUCUAUAGUACCUCCAAGGCUGCAGUGAUUGGGCUCACUAAAUCUAUUGCCGCUGAUUUCCUUGAGAAAGGCAUUCGCUGUAACUGUGUUUGUCCUGGUACCGUUGAUACUCCAUCACUGAGGGGUAGGAUCCAGGCCCAACCUGAUCCAGAACAGGCUUACAAGGAUUUCAUGGCAAGACAGAAAACUGGCAGAAUGUGCACAGCUGAAGAGGUGGCAUUCCUGUGUGUAUACUUGGCCUCAGAUGAGCUCCUUCACAGUCUGCCUAUGUGACUGGGACGGAGCAUAUCAUCGAUGGAGGAUGGCGACUGUAAGAAAACGGUUGGAGGCUUAUUAUAGCAGUAGUGGAGACUUCUCUUCUAAUUUGAAGCCAAGAUUUAAAAAAAAAAAAAAAAAGAAAAGUUUUUGAUUUUGCAUAUUGUGUUUAUAUAUUCUGUGGGAGAGAUUUCCCAUUCUUUAAACUCAAAUAUAUGCUGCAAAUGCCAAAAUAGUAAUAUGCUGACUGACACUGUAAUAAACUGACUAACACAGCUAACUAACUAACUGGUGUUGUCAAUUCAUUAUAAAAAGAUCCAUUGCUAAAUCAUUUAAAAAGAAAUCUGUGAAUUUGAUUAAUGGUGAAAUAUGUUUAAUUGUUAUUAAAAUGUCUUCAUCACAAAUA